UGGCAACAAUAAACUUCUCUUCUCCCUUCUCUCUAUCAGUGUUUCAUGCUCUACUUCUUCGUCCUAUAUGCUAUGCUCAACUCCUAGCACUCUGAAGAGUUGAAAUUUGCUUGGAGACCAAAAAAGCUUAUAUGUUUCACACAAAAUUUAUCCGGGAUCCUCUGACAAUGUUGACAAGUUGGCUCAUAUUCCUUAGUGUCUUGAAACUCACCUAUGCAGUGAAGGAACCUGAUAUAGAAGGUGAAGCGCUGCUUGAUCUUUUGAAGAAUCUGAAUGAUUCCAAUAAUGGAAUACAAGACUGGAACAGUUAUAUGGUGAGCCCGUGUUUCAGUUGGUCUCAUGUCACUUGUAGAAACGGACAUGUUGUAUCUCUGGCCCUGGAUUCAAUUGGAUUCUCUGGAACACUUUCUCCCUCAAUUCUCAAAUUGAAAUAUCUGGUUACCUUGGAAUUGCAGAACAACAAACUUUCAGGCCCCUUGCCUGAUUAUAUUGCCAACUUGACAACCCUGCAAUAUCUGAAUCUUGCUGGCAAUAACUUCAUAGGCUCUGUACCAGCUUCAUGGGCUCAACUUUCCACUCUCGAACAUUUGGAUCUUUCAUCAAAUCGUCUCACUGGAACUAUCCCAUUGCAACUCUUUUCAAUUCCAGUGUUCAAUUUUUCAAAUACACAGCUUUAUUGUGGUUCUAAGUUGGAGCAGCCAUGUGAUUCUAAAUCCGACCGUCCAGCUUCAAAGAAGAAACCAAAACUUGCACAGGCAGUACAGUUUGCAAGUUGUGGUGCAUUUGCACUUGUGUGUCUUGGGGCAAUCUGCACAUACAGAUACCAUCAAAUGCACAAACAAAAAAGUGAUGUCUUUGUUGAUGUGUCAGGUGAGGAUGAAAGCAAGAUAUCUUUUGGACAACUGAAAAGAUUUUCAUGGCGAGAACUCCAAGUUGCUACAAAAAGCUUCAGUGAAAGCAAUGUAAUAGGGCAGGGAGGAUUUGGAAAAGUGUACAAAGGUAUACUGUCGGAUAAUACCAAAAUCGCCGUGAAACGCCUCACUGAUUAUCAUAAUCCCGGCGGAGAGGCCGCAUUCGAGAGAGAAGUUCAUCUUAUCAGUGUUGCAGUUCAUAGAAACCUCCUCAGACUAAUUGGAUUCUGUACAACCUCAACUGAGAGAAUCCUAGUAUACCCUUUCAUGGAGAAUCUAAGUGUAGCAUAUAGACUAAGAGAUUUGAAAGCAGAUGAGAAAGGUUUGGAUUGGGGUGCAAGAAAGCGAGUGGCUUUUGGUACAGCACAUGGUUUGGAGUAUCUGCACGAACAAUGCAACCCCAAGAUAAUACAUCGCGAUCUGAAGGCAGCAAACAUCCUACUAGAUGAUGAGUUUGAAGCAGUACUUGGGGAUUUCGGGCUAGCCAAGCUUGUUGACACAAGAAUGACCCAUGUUACUACUCAAGUCCGCGGCACAAUGGGUCAUAUAGCCCCUGAAUACUUGUCCACUGGAAAAUCAUCCGAAAAGACUGAUGUCUUUGGAUAUGGUAUCACACUUCUUGAACUGGUCACCGGCCAGCGCGCAGUAGACCUCUCUAGGCUUGAAGAAGAGGAGGAUGUUCUUCUAAUUGAUCAUGUUAAGAAGCUUCUGAAGGAGAACAGGUUGGAGGACAUAGUGGAUAGAAACUUGGAGAGUUAUGAUCCGAAAGAAGUGGAGAGAAUUCUUCAGGUUGCAUUGUUGUGCACACAAUGCUACCCUGAGGAUCGACCAAUCAUGUCUGAGGUUGUGAAAAUGCUGCAAGGAGUGGGGUUAGCUGAUAGAUGGGCAGAUUGGAAGCAAGUUGAAGAUGCAAGGACUCAUCAACAAUUCUCACAAACCACUCAUCAAUUUCCUUGGAGUGAUGAAUCCACCCAUGAACAAGAGGCCAUUCAGCUUUCCAGGGCAAGAUAAUCAAUUUUGGACCCUUCUUUCUAUCAUAUAUAGAUUACAUCAUCUACAACUAUGUACCAUAAAUAACGUUUUCAUUAGCUUUUGUAACAUUCCGAUAA